CCAGGUUACGUGUCUCUCGUCAUGCCAUCGGAGCAGGCUGCGGACGAAUAUCUCGAUAUACCCUAUGUUACUACGCAGCCGCAGUCUCCGUUCCACAAGUUUGACCUGUAUGUUCCGAAGGAAAUCAGUGCAUGUUUACUGCGCCCACUAAUUUGUUUCGUCCAUGGAGGUGCGUGGAGAAGCGAGGACAAAUCUGAUCACGCCGGUCUCGCUCGCAGGCUUGCCUUUACGACAGGGUACCCAGUUGCACUCCCGAAUUACAGAUUAACACCCCAAAGGCCCACUCCUGAUAACCUCCUUCACCACCCCGAGCAUGCGAAGGAUGUUCUUGGGUUCUUGAACUUCAUAUGCGCUGCAUUUGAUCCUCGAUUAAACAUGGAGAGGGUUCCGGGUCUACCCUACGAGCCUCAUCAGCUGUUCCUUGUCGGCCACAGUUGCGCAGCCCACAUGCUGUGCUCCAUUUUUCUUGACAUGUCCCCCCACUCUCCCAACGCUUCCGACGCAGACCAGCUCUCUCCAUCGAAUGCUGUUUUGGAGAGAACCAGGGCACUUGUCUUGUCAGAAGGAAUUUACGACCUCGAUUCCCUUAUCUCUUCCUUUCCUGCUUACAGAAGUUGGUUUAUCGAAGAUGUUUUUGGGGGACACGACUCUUACGCGGACGUGUCCGUAAUAAAAGCGCCAACUAGAUAUCAUUCCGGGCACAUUAAAUGGCUGAUCAUACAUUCCAAGGGCGAUACGCUGGUUGACGAACAGCAAAGUCAAGCAAUGUACCACCACUUAAGGAGUCAGUCUGUACAAGUAUGCAAGUCAUUCGACGAGCUCAUUGAAGGACACAACGAAAUUCUCAGAGGAGACCAGUACGUAGACGUGUUGCACAGAUUUAUUUCCGUUCUAGAAUAAAUACCGGCAACCGUGCGUAGAUUUAAUUCCAGCAUUCAAUGUAAUGAGGAUCUAAGUCGACUUGCUUAUCGCUUCAA